CCGGUGCUCAGGCGGCGGCGGCGGUCCAGCUCCAUGAUCUCCCCCGAGAUGUCGGGCGGCGGAGGCAGCGCCAACAAGACCCACCGGAGGACCUCGCUGCCCUGCAUUCCCCGGGAGCAGCUGGUGGGGCAUUCUGAAUGGGAUCACAAACGAGGACCCAGAGGCUCACAGUCUUCUGGCACCAGCAUCACGGUGGACAUCGCUGUCAUGGGCGAGGCACACGGGCUCAUCACAGACCUCCUGGCUGAUCCUUCGCUGCCCCCCAACGUCUGCACGUCCCUGAGGACAGUGAGCAACCUGCUCAACACUCAGCUGACCUUCCAGGCCAUCCACAAGCCCAGGGUGAAUCCCUUGGUGUCCUUCAGUGAGAACUACACCUGCUCCGACUCGGAGGAAUGUCCGGAGAAGGGAGAGAAACUGGCAAUUCCCAAGCGCUUACGGAGGAGUUUGCCUCCAGGACUGCUGAGACGAGUGUCCUCAACCUGGACCACCACCACAUCAGCCACAGGACUGCCCACCCUGGAGCCAGCUCCAGUGAGGAGGGACCGCAGUGCCAGCAUCAAACCUCACGAAUCUUCUUCAUCCAGCUCUGACUCCUGGAACAGCUCCAUUCUGAUGACAAUCACCAAGAGCAGGUCCUUCUCCACCUCCUACGCCGUGUCCUCCGCCAACCACCUGAAUGCCAAACGGCAGAGCCGCCAAGGUAUCCCUCCAAAUAUUUCACCUCUCACCUCCCCGUGCCAUUCGCCGAUUCAGGGGACGCCUGCCACGAGUCCUACUGGCAAAACAUCUUCUGUGUCAUUUCCAGAGCCCACAGACACUGACACCAAGCAGGGCCUAAAGCCACACAAAGUCUUAACUUCUACUCAGAGUGCACCUAGCCUGUCAGACCCUGUCAUCAGCCCCUCCAUCAUCUGCAGCAGCUGUGGCAGACCCUACAACCAAAUAGAAGCUGGUGAUGGGACACUAAAUAGAAAUGAUGCUACUACACACACCCUGAACAGAACAGAUGACCCUGCCCAAGCCACCUCUGACUACGAGACCAACAACAGUGACAGCAGUGACAUCGUGCAGAACGACGACGACGCGGAUUGCUCCAAGGAGCAGCCACGGAAGGGAUCUGGCUGUAGGUCCUACACACCUGAGACCAUCAUCCUGCAUCCCUUGACACCACCUGAGGACAAGCCUGUACUGGCUCCUGAGCCCCUGGUUAUGGACAACUUGGAUCCCCUGAUGGAGCAGCUCAAUAGUUGGAACUUCCCAAUCUUUGAUUUGGUGGAAAAAAUCGGGAAGAAAUGCGGUCGGAUUCUCAGUCAGGUAUCAUACAGACUUUUUGAUGACAUGGGGCUGUUUGAAACCUUUAAAAUACCAGUGAGGGAAUUUAUGAACUACUUUCAUGCCUUGGAGUGUGGAUACAGAGAGAUCCCUUAUCACAACCGCAUCCAUGCCACGGAUGUGCUGCACGCCGUGUGGUACCUCACCACCCAGCCCAUCCCGGGACUGCCCACCGUCAUCAACGACCACGGCUCAGCCAGUGAUUCAGAUUCUGACAGUGGGAUCACCCAUGGCCACAUGGGGUACGUGUUUUCCAAGACAUACACACCCACAGACGACAGCUACGGAUGCCUGGCUGGCAACAUCCCUGCCCUGGAGCUGAUGGCUCUCUAUGUGGCUGCAGCCAUGCAUGACUAUGAUCACCCAGGGAGGACCAAUGCCUUCUUGGUAGCAACCAGUGCUCCUCAGGCGGUGCUGUACAACGACCGCUCCGUGCUGGAGAACCACCACGCUGCUGCUGCCUGGAACCUCUUCAUGUCCAGGCCAGAGUACAACUUCCUGGUCAACCUGGACCACGUGGAGUUCAAGCAUUUCCGCUUCCUCGUCAUCGAGGCCAUCCUUGCUACGGACCUGAAGAAGCACUUUGAUUUCGUGGCCAAGUUCAACGCCAAGGUGAACGAUGACGUUGGCAUCGACUGGACCAACGAGAACGACCGCCUGCUGGUCUGCCAGAUGUGCAUCAAGCUGGCUGACAUCAACGGGCCUGCCAAGUGCAAGGACCUGCACCUGCAGUGGACAGAGGGCAUCGUCAACGAGUUCUACGAGCAGGGGGAUGAAGAGGCCAGCCUGGGCCUGCCCAUCAGCCCUUUCAUGGACCGCUCUGCCCCCCAGCUGGCACACCUCCAGGAGUCCUUCAUCACUCACAUCGUGGGACCGCUCUGCAACUCCUAUGACUCUGCAGGGCUGAUGCCAGGCAAAUGGAUAGAGGAGAGUGAUGAGUCAGGGGACACCGAUGAGCAGGAGGAGGAGGAAACAGCAGGAAUGGAAACUUGUGAAAACGCCGAAUCCAGUAAGUGGAAAGAAGAAGUUCAAGAGGAGGAAAAUCUACUGUCAGAUCACUCAGCACCUGCUUCAGAACCACAAGAUGUGGCAGAAGGUGAUUGAGGAUGAGGAGAGGUUAGCUGGGUCAGAGAAGCAAGGCACGGAGCAAUCCCCACUGCACCAAUCUUCAGAACAAAUCCAGGCCAUCAGGGAAGAGGAGGAGGAGAAAGGCAAGGCCAAGAAGGAUGAAGAGGAG